AUGGAAGGACCCAACCAAUCUGCUGUGACAGAGUUCGUUUUGCUUGGCCUCUCUGCCCAUCCAAAACUAGAGAAAACAUUCUUUGUGCUCAUCCUGUCGAUGUACCUGGUGAUCCUACUGGGAAACGGGGUCCUCAUCCUGGUGACCAUCCAUGACUCCCGCCUGCACACACCCAUGUACUUCUUCCUGGGGAACCUCUCCUUCCUGGACAUCUGCUACACAACCUCCUCAGUCCCUCUAGUCCUGGAUGGCUUCCUGACCCCCAGGAAAACCAUCUCCUUCUCAGGCUGUGCCGUGCAGAUGUUUCUCUCCUUUGCCAUGGGAGCCACAGAGUGUGUGCUUCUGGGCAUGAUGGCAUUUGAUCGCUAUGUGGCCAUCUGUAACCCACUUAGGUACCCUGUGGUCAUGAGCAAGGCUGCCUAUGUGCCCAUGGCUGCCAGCUCCUGGGUGGCUGGUGGCAUCAACUCCUUAGUGCAGAUCUCUCUUGCAGUACAGUUACCUUUCUGUGGGGACAAUGUCAUCAACCACUUCAUCUGUGAGAUCCUGGCUGUCCUAAAGUUGGCCUGUGCUGACAUCUCCAUCAAUGUGAUCAGUAUGGGGGUGGCCAAUGUGAUCUUCCUGGGCGUCCCAGUUCUGUUCAUCUCUAUCUCUUAUGUGUUCAUCAUUGCUACCAUCCUGCGGAUCCCCUCAGCAGAGGGGAGGAGAAAGGCCUUCUCCACCUGCUCUGCCCACCUCACUGUAGUGGUCAUCUUCUAUGGGACUAUUCUUUUCAUGUAUGCAAAACCCAAAUCUAAGGAUCCCCUGGGAGCAGACAAGCAGGAUGUUUCAGACAAGCUCAUCUCCCUCUUCUAUGGCCUCCUGACUCCCAUGCUCAACCCCAUCAUCUACAGUCUGAGGAACAAGGAUGUUAAGACCGCUGUGAGGUACAUAGUGGCUCAGAAGCACUUCACUCAGUGA